CAGACCGACGUUCUCAGGCUACUUUUCCUCCCUUUCUCCGCUUCAUCGUCUCCGAAUUGCGUCACCAUGGCGGACCCAGAAACUGAAGGCCUGCGAAGCACCUUCCCUUCUUACAUGGCGGAGGGCGAGCGGCUCUAUCUGUGCGGGGAGUUCGCUAAAGCCGCCCAUAGCUUCAGCAACGCUCUUCACCUUCAGAACGGAAAUAAGAACUGCUUGGUUGCCCGCUCCAAGUGCUUCCUCAAGAUGGGAGAGCUGGAGAAAUCCCUGGCAGAUGCUGAGGCUUCACUCCAGGGUGACCCGACUUUCUGCAAGGGGAUUUUACAAAAGGCGGAGACCCUGUACACCAUGGGAGACUUUGAAUUUGCCUUGGUGUUCUAUCAUCGAGGCUACAAGCUGAGGCCCAAUCGGGAAUUCAGAGUUGGAAUUCAGAAAGCCCAGGAAGCCAUCAACAACUCAGUGGGAAGUCCCUCUUCUGUUAAGCUGGAGAACAAAGGGGACCUGUCCUUCUUAAGCAAGCAGGCGGAGAGCAUGCAAGCCCAGCAGAAGCCUCAUCCCGUGAGACAGCUCGUACAUCAUCCCAAGAGAGAGUCCAAGCGGAAGGGCUCGCUCAAGAGCGAGAAGAUCAUCCGACAGCUCCUGGGCGAGCUCUAUGUGGACAAGGAGUAUCUGGAGAAGCUCCUGUUGGAUGAAGACCUGAUCAGAGGCACCAUCAAGCGCGGCCUGACCGUGGAGGACCUCAUCAUGACGGGCAUCAACUACCUGGACAUGCGCAGUGACUUUUGGAGGCAGCAGAAGCCCAUCUACGCCAGGGAGCGGGACCGGAAACUGACGCAAGAGAAGUGGCUGCGGGACCGCAAACGCCGGCCCUCGCAGACGGCCCGCUACAUCCUCAAGAGCCUGGAGGACAUUGACAUGUUGCUGACCAGAGGCAGUGCUGAAGGCAGCCUUCAGAAAGCUGAGAAAGUGCUGAAGAAGGUGCUGGAGUGGAACAAAGAGGAGGUGCCCAACAAGGACGAACUGGUCGGAAACUUGCACAGCUGCAUAGGGAACGCCCAGAUCGAGCUGGGGCAGAUGGUGGCAGCCCUGCAGAGCCACAGGAAGGACCUGGAGAUCGCCAAGGAAUACUCAGUCCAGACCUUCCUCACUUCUUGCGUGUUUCCUCCGACCUGGUUUCCUGCCGCCCAGCUGGCCCUUCUGUGCAAAACAAAGCCAGUGGUCGGGAGACUGUUCCAGCGCCCGGUUCUGCUUGGCUCAGACCGUCCUUCCUGACCUGACUUAUCCUGACCUCGGUUGACCAGGCUCUCUCCGGGCCCUUGGGCAUCCUGAGCCCUGGCCAACACCUCUCGGCUCUGCUUCUGUUCAGCCUUCUCUUUUGGCAGCCCUUUCUUCAUCAGCUCCCUCCUCCCCAUCCUUCAAAUUGUAAAGAAGUGUUUUUUUCUUGGGGAAAGCCCACCAUGCGCCCCAGAGUGACUUAGCAGCCCUCCUCCGUGCUCCCUCUCCACACGCCAUAUGUCUCUCGCCUGCCCUGUAGACCUUGGACUUUUCUACUCCCUUUCUCUUCCUGGUAUCUGCCACGUAACGGGCACGUGAUGCAUGUGUGCUAAGUGGCUGAUUAAGCAAACAGAGGUGUUCCUUAAACAAGCUUAGUUCCUUUGCAACAU